AUGCCAAAGAUGCACCCUACGGCAACUGAUGCAACUGAGCCAGAAAGACAUGAACCUUCUGAAUCUAACGAGGUUCAGGAAUUAAAAGAGCAGCUGGCUACUCUAGUUGGAGUGGUGGAGCGACAAGCGAAUGUGACGCUACUUCAAGCCGAGGAUUUGCGCCGACAGGAUGAAGGAAUCAGACGGUUGGAGAACCUGUUGAUUCAACAGACGGCUGAUCUCAAGAAAUUCCACAAGUUUGGAACAAGGUGGCGAGCGUGGAGGCGCGGCGGUGCGGAGCGGGGGCGGCGGCAGUCGGGCAGCGUGGUGGGCGCCGGCGUGGCGCGGCACGCGCAGGGCACGCGGGGGCGCGGCAGGAAGCGCGGAGCCGGCGGGCGCGCGACAGGUGCGGCGACGGGAGGCGCGGGCAAGGGCGAGCACAGGGGCGCGGGCCGGCGGGCGUGCGGGGCGGGCCGGCGUGCGCCGGGCGAGGGGCUGCGCCGGCAGGCGGACACGUGGGCGGGGCACGCGUGCGCGGGAGAGGAGAGGAGAGGAGAGGAGAGGCGGGCGCGGGGCGCGGGCGGCGCGCGGGGCGCCGGCGGGCCGUGGGCGCCGACAGGCGGCGGGCUCGGCGGGCCGCCGCGUGGUGGCAGGGGAGAGGAGCGGAGAGGAGAGGAGAGGAGAGGAGGAGGCGGGCCCAGCUGA